AUGGAGAUUGAGACUGGAGAUGAAAUUGCUAUUGUGGGAAUAGGAUGCAACUUUCCUGGAGGUGAUGGAAUUGAUAAUUUCUGGAAAGUCCUGGAGGAGGGCAAAAACUGCACAGUAGAAAUCCCUCCUGAGAGAUUUAAUGUCAACGAGUGGUAUGAUCCAGAUGAUAACAAGCCAGGAAAAAUAUGUACAACACGAGCUGCUCUUCUCAAUGAAUUUAAUUCAUUUGACAACCACCUGUUUGGGAUUAAUAAUAUGGAAGCUGAACGCAUGGAUCCACAACAGAAGUUACUUCUAGAAUGCACAUACAAAGCUUUGGAGGAUGCAGGAGUCCCUGUAGAAGCUGUCAGUGGCACCAAAACAGGUGUUUUUAUUGGUUUAAUGAAUCGAGACUAUGAAAUUGUAACGAGCAGAGCAGUGAGUGAAAUAAAUCAUUAUGAUGGUACUGGAACAGCAAUGAGUAUUGCUGCUAACAGGGUCUCAUUCACAUUUAAUCUGACUGGACCAUCACUGGCCAUUGACACUGCAUGUUCAUCUUUUCUUUUUGCUCUGCACUACGCCUCACGAGCAAUUAAAUCAGGAGACUGUGAGGCAGCCAUCUGUGGUGGAGUGAACUGCAUAAUAGAUCCCCGCACCUUUGUAUCUCUCAGUAAAGCAAAAAUGAUCUCUCCGGAGGGAAUAAGCAAACCCUUCUCUAAAAAGGCAGAUGGUUAUGGAAGGGGAGAAGGCUGUGGUGUUGUUUUCCUCAAACCACUGAAAAAGGCAAUGGAAGACUACAGCAAAAUCUGGGGUGUUAUAAACAUCAGUGCAGUAAAUCAGAACGGCAGGUCCAUGACACCGAUCACAAGGCCGUCUCAGAUAGAGCAAGAGGAGCUACUGCGCAGCAUUUAUGAAACUCGUGUUGAUCCCUCGGCUUUGCAGUACGUUGAAGCACACGGCACAGGAACUGCUGCUGGAGAUCCUACUGAAGCUGAAAGCCUAGGUAGUGUAAUUUGUAAAAACAGGUCUUCACAAGCUCCCAUUCUGAAAAUUGGUUCAGUGAAAGGAAAUAUUGGUCACAUUGAAUCAGCUGCUGGAGCAGCAGGGUUAAUAAAAGUGCUUCUGAUGAUGCAUCAUGGAAAGAUUGUUCCAUCCUUGCAUUACUCAAAGGAGAUAAGCAGCAUUGAUACAGAGAGAUUAAACCUUGCAGUUCCCACAGCUGUAGAGCCAUGGGAAGAAUCUGGUGACUAUGGAAGAGUAGCUGGCAUUAACUGCUUUGGAUUUGGGGGAACCAAUGCUCACAUUGUCGUCAGGCAGGUCAAGCAGCUAGAGCCUCUUUCUGCCUUUAAGAGGCCCCUUGAAUUAGUUCUGCUAUCAGCAGCAUCAAGUAAGUCCCUUCAGAUGACAAUGGCUGACAUGGCUGACCAGCUGAGCACAAGAAACUCUGUAACUCUCCCAAGCCUGGCUUACACAUCUGCCUGCAGAAGAAGUCAUGCCAACUAUAGGUACCGAAAAGCUUUUGUCACAAAUUCUCUCCAACACUUGAGGCAAGAGGUUAUGUCAGCAGUGAGCACUGAACUUGCCAUAUCAAAGGUGGAACCACAACUGGUGUUUGUCUUCUGUGGCAAUGGUGUAAAGCUGAAGGAGUUCAAUGAGGCACUGCUGUACUCAGAGCCAGUGUUCAGAGAGAAGUGUAAGGAAAUAGAAGCACUUUUUCAGAAACACACUCCCAUCAGGCUCCAGCCAGAAAGAGGUCAUAGCCCAAAGGAUUUGUUGAAUCCAGAGCUUUCCCAGCCCUUGCUUUUUACCCUACAAGUUGCUUUAGCUUCCCUUCUGAAAUACUGGGGCAUUAAACCAGUCACAGCUGUUGGCCACUCAGUAGGGGAAGUUGCUGCUGCACAUUUUGCUGGGUACCUUUCCCUGGCAGAUGCAGUCAAAGUGAUUUAUCACCGGAGCCGGCUGCAGGCAAAGACACCCAGUGGCAGAAUGUUGGUGGUUGGAAACAUCCCUGUUCAAGAGAUCACUGAACAUCUGCAUCGCUACUCAGGGAAGGUGUGUGUUGCAGCUUUCAACAGCCCAGUUUCCUGCACCUUGUCUGGGAAUUCAGACUCUGUGGAUGCUGUCCAGCGAGAUUUAGCUCAAGCUUUCAGCCAGAGAAACAUCUUUCUUCAUGUUCUUAAUGUCCCAGCUGCAUACCACAGCCCCAGCAUGGAUAUGGUACUUGGGGAGUUGGAAGAGAACAUACAGCCUUUAGAAAAACAGAAGGGGGAAAUUGAAGUGAUUUCAACGCUGACUGGGGUGGCUGCUUCUGAAAAUGACUUUGCUCAGAGCAAAUUCUGGGCCCGGCAUGCUCGUGAGCCUGUUGCUUUCACUCAAGCCAUCAAAACUGCAGCUGGAGACAGGGAAAAUGUGGUGUUUGUGGAAAUAAGUCCUCACCAAGCAUUGCAGCGAAACAUAAAGGAAACUCUAGGAAAAGGCACCAAGGUGUUCUCUGCUUUGCAAACUGAUACAGAGUAUCAGACACUCUUUACCCUGGUAGGAAAACUGUUUGAACUUGGAUAUAAUCCCAACUGGCAGCACGUUUAUGACGGGUAUCAAAGUGUUCCAGUGGCCAUUCCACGGUAUCAAUUUGAUCGCAAAAAACUCAUGGCCUGUCUGGAUAUUCAUCAACACGCAAACCAAAGAAGUAUCAGCUCCAGUCAUCCUUUGAUUUAUAGCACAAACAGUGACAAUGUGCAAUUUGGCUGCCUGCUGUCCCAGGACACAACAUCGUACUUACAUGAGCACAAGAACAAUGGGGUAGCUUUAGUCCCUGGUGCUUUUUAUGUAGAGCUUGGUCUGGCCGCUGUGAUGAGCAGCUCAAGACCUAGAGUGCCUCUGAGUACUUGCCAGAUGAGUAUCAGCUUUUCUGCUCCAUGUGUUCUCACGCAGAGUUCCCAAGUCUUGAGUAUCAAGCUGAGUCCACAAAAAGCAGCGACAACCUUUGAGAUACUUUCUUCUUCCAAGGCAGUUUAUGCUGCAGGCCAAGUUAAAAAGGGGCUGGAAGCUGUGGUGGAAGAAACCACCAUCUCCUUCCAAGACAUCUAUCAAAGAUGCAGGUCAGUGGUCAGCAGAGAGGAGGUUUAUGAAGCACUGUCUCAGAUUGGCUUUCAGUAUGGUCCUGUAUUUAGACAGCUCAGUGAUGUGCAUUACUGCCAGGAACUAAAGGAAGUUAUAACAAGCAUCAAGGUAAACAAAGAGAUUGUCAAAGAGAUGUACAACUACUGCAUCCAUCCAGUGCUGCUUGACUGCUUUCUGCAGAUGACCACUAUAAUAACCUCAAGGAUAUUCCCGUCCGGAGCAGGCUUUCCUUCAGGAAUAGGUAGCCUGGUGGUGCUCCGACCACUGGAGGAAGAAAUGAUGAUAUAUAUGAGAACAAACAAAUCCAUUGGGAACUGUCUAGAGGUUUGUGGAUGCUUUAUGGACAAACGUGGCUCUGUUUUGGUUGAACUCAAGCGUGUUGUCACCACUUUCAUGAAGCAAGCAUCUUCCAGAGACAGUGAAUUCAUGUUUGAAAACAAAUGGAAAGAAGUCUCUCCUUCACAGGCAAUUGUACAUGUCGGGACUUUGCCCAGAGUCCUAGUGUUUGCUGACAAAUUUGGGAUAGCUGAGCAGCUAAAAAAAUACUUGCAUCCUGAUUCAAAAUAUGUUAUGUAUGAAGACUGGGAAGCCCUCUUGGAAGGACACACAGAGAAUAAAAUGAGAGCAGAGGUGGAAGAUUAUAAUGAAAUUCUGUUCUUGUGGGGAAUUCAAAAGUUAAAUGAAGAUUUCCCAAGCAAAGUGGUAGACAAACUGGCGAAGUGUUGUGAAGCCUAUCGCCAAGUUAUUGUGGCAUUAAGAGCGAAAACAUCCCACUGUUCAGUCAGAGUUAUCACCUACAGAACAACAGAAAGAAAUGUAGACAACAUUAACUGUGGGUUUGCAUUGCAUGGCAUGACCAGAACUUGUGUUGUUGAAGUACCUGAAAUCACAUUUCAGAUGAUUGACCUCAGUUCUUCCAGUUCCCUGGACAUCUCAGUGCUAGCAGAUGUUCUUGCAAAAUUCAAAGGUAUGGACUAUCCAGAAGUUUGCAUCAACCAAGGAAGAACUUUUGUGGCUGAAAUCAGACGCACACCUUUUGUGGAUGCAGGUAACAGUCAACCCAUAAGAGCUUGGCAGAAGCCGGAAACAUUUACUUUGUACACUUCUGAUCCAUACACAGCAAAAGAUUUGUCUGCUGAGGUAUCUACCAGCACUGUUACUCAGCUUGAAAGACAGUGUGUUGAAAUUCAAGUUGAUAAAAUAUGCCUCCACUCAGAAGAUUAUUAUCCCAUUAGUGUUUCUAGUCGUAACUUUGGUAAUACACUCUACUGGAAUUCACAAGCAGUAGGCAAACACAGACUUUUAGCUCUUGAUUUCAGUGGCACAGUAACAGCAACAGGUAUUGAUGUGAAGAAAGUUAAAGUGGGAGAUCAUGUGGUUUCAUGUUAUCCAGCUGCUGCAUCAUCCAGAGUUCGUAUUCCAGGAGGAGUUUGUUUCAAGGUAAAGAAAUUCCCCUGCUUUCAGGAUGUCCCUUGUGUAUCAUACUUUAUCAUUGCAUGGGACAUCUUCAGUCGGAGGUUACCCAAGGGGAAACAGGGCAGAACACUGGGUAUUAUUUCUACAGAGCCAUCAUCAGUUUUGUGCCAUGUUCUUUCUGUGGCAGCAGAAGAGAUGGGUUGGAGAACAGUGCUUGCAAAGCCCACUCCUGAUAAGUUCCAGUAUAUAAACCUAUGCAAUGCCCUGAUUGUUCUUCCUCCAGUAAACAAGCUGUCUCAGGAGGACCUGGCCCACAUGUACUUUCUUAAAGAUGUGGUGAUAGUGUGUGGUAAUCAACAGCCUGAAUGUACCCAGAAUGUCAGUGGAAUUGAUAAUGAAAAUAUCUGCUUUCAUAUCCUUACGCUAAACAGCAUUUUCCAGAAAGCAUCUCUAAAGGAACUGCAAAAGGCUGUGCAUGCAUGGAUCACUUCCAUGGAUGUGAAUCGGUUUAGAGGUCUGUCAGGUUCUGUUUUUCAGCAGACUGAGAACUUGGGACGAGUGAACUCCAUGGUGUCCUAUUUUACCUGCAAAUCUGUCCCGCUUGCCAUACUGAGAAGGCAGAAGGACACCACCAUGCUUUCAGAUAUACCAUUGUCUGAAGCCCAGAAGAAGUUGUUUAAGCACAAUGCUGUUUACAUAGUAGUUGGGGGGCUCACUGGACUUGGCUUUGAAACAGUGAAAUUCAUAGCUGGGAAUGGAGGAGGGUGUAUUGUGAUACUCUCCAGAAAAAUUCCAAGUAAUGAGAAGCAAGAAGAGAUGAAGGCUUUGCAGCAGCAGUAUGAAGGGAGCAAAAUAGUGUUUGUGCAGUGUGAUGUUGUUUCAGGCAGUGAUGUUGAGAAAGCUUUCCAGUCCAUUGCAAAACUUUUUCCAGGAACUCCAAUCAAAGGUGUAUUUCAAAGUGCUGUUGUUUUACACGAUGGCCGUCUUGAAGUUCUCAACUUGGCUGACUUUCAGAAAGUGCUGAACCCAAAAGUAGCAGGGACGUUAAAUCUUCAUUUGGCUACCAGAGGCCAGGAGCUUGACUACUUCGUGUGCUACUCCUCUGUUGCUUCCUUUCUGGGAAAUUCGAGCCAGGCAAACUAUGCAGCUGCAAACUCUUUCUUGGAUGUCUUCUGCCUCUACAGGAGGAACUGUGGGCUUUCAGGCCAGUCAAUUAACUGGGGUGCUUUGAACCUCGGCUUACUGCACAAUCGAAAACAUAUUCAGAACAUUCUGGGAUCCAAGGGCAUAGAUAUUUUGCAAGUGCCUGAAGUUAGUGAAUAUCUCAGGAAGACCGUACUAAUAAAUAACCCACAGCAAGCUGUCAUCAAAUUUAACUUCCAAGUUAUGUUGCAUAAUGUUUUAGCUCGGAUUAUUUCACUCAAAAGUCGCUUCAAAUCACUUAUAUCAGAAGAAUUUGGGAGCAGGCUUGAAACCUCUGAGGAAACUGGAGCCCAGGUUACUACCUUAAUCAAAUCUGAAGACUAUGUCACCUCACUGGUGAGUGACCUCACUGGCUUGAGCCCGGAUGAACUGACCAUGAAUACGCCACUUGCAUCAUUGGGCAUAGACUCUAUGUUAGCUAUGACAAUUCAGAACCGUGUCUUUCAAGAGAGACAGGUGGACAUCCCUCUUCUGAAACUGCUUGAUCCUCACACAACUCUGUCAAGUUUAGUAGUAGUUUUGAAAGAAACAAGCAAUGCAAAUGGAAUAGUUGAGAAAAAAAAUGCUGUGCUUGAAAGUGUAGAAAAUGGGACCUGGCUAUAG